AUGGAAGGAAUGGUUUUUGUUCUGUUUGGACGCCGUUGUGAGCUGUGGCACAUGGAAGUCGGCGGCCGAACAGGGUGGCGACAGUUUCGGCAGCGAGAGCAAAGAAGCCAAUGGAAGUUGACCAGGAGUGUUGCACGCAAACAAUGCUCACGGGCGGUCGCCUCAUGUCAGUUCCUGUCCUGCCCAAAUGUUUCAGCCGCGCCGUUUUUUUUCUUCGCGCUCCGAAUGCACUCCAAAACUCGCCACCGGCACCUGAACCCCAGAUCCAUGAUUUCUCAUUUCACCUUUUUCAAUAUUCUCUUUUUGAAGGUUUUCAUGCUUCUUCAAUUAUAAACUUUAUCUUGUCUUCAAAACUUUCUGAUAAAACUACAGUUCCGUCUAAAAAGAAACAAAAAAAAAUCACUUCUAGAUCACAACUUCUCUUUACGGAGUUUGGUCUUCCUGAAACCUUCUGGAAUAUGACGACGUUUUUUGUGAAACCCUCAUGAAACUAUUAUUCGCAGAAGGAAAAAAUCUACUUCACAUAGUUUCAAAAAUAUUGAGCUCCAUACGAGGGGAUUGUGAGCAAAAGUUACUUUCGUGUCAUUUUUUACACUACUGUAUCCUAAAAAAAGGAUAAAUAAUACCUUUUUUAGACUUUCUUUCUCAGAAACCUUACGAAAUUCUGAUUUCAAAGUGUAAAAAUUCCGUAUGCUCACCAACCGUCUUUUAUUUCUUGCAAAUCUUACUGAUCGACCGGUCCAAUUUUCUGAUAACUUUUCCGGGCUCUUGACGACAGAACUCGAACACGAAUUAGCAAACGCAUCUGUCAAUUUCGAAUAAUUAUAGCGUUCCGAUUCCCCUCAAAAGGUCUUAUUUUACCGCUUUUUUGUUCUUUUUCUCUAAAAUGACAUACAAUUUCAAAACUUUCUCUAUUUAAUUUUUCAAUGUCGACAGCAUCUUAACCUUUCAUCAAACUUUGCUUUUUUUCAUAUCGCAGACUUUGUACCGAGAGCGAUUUUUUCUGCAAAUUUAUUUCUUUUUAUUCGUUCAUUGAUUCUCCUCAACCUUGAAACGUACUGAGUCAAGCUCAAAGGAGCUUUCAAUCAGUUUUCUCACCGCGAAGAUUAAAAAGGUCAUUUCAUGUAAAACAAACAGAGCUCACCGACCAGAACUAGUAAAUUUUAAUUUUUUAAAUUUUCAUUCCCUAGACUGCGAUCAUUUCUCAUUCUGAAACCCAGUUAUUUUUUCGGCCACCUGCUUCCCUGCUUCAGAAAUUUCCAAAGUAUUACCUUUUCUUUGAAGAAGUUCCUUUCUGACUUCUCGAAUGAAGUCGAGAAGCAAGUGGAAAAUUAUCCAGUGGCGAGCUGUCUGGUUGCAAUUUCGACACAGUGCUGGACACUUGCAUUGUUUGUGUUGCCUAUAUGCUCGCCACUGUUUUUUUUCGCCUCCAUCAACAUUUUCCUGCCCUUUUGGACAUGAUUCCCUUUUUUGCACUCUUCGCUCUGGUUCAAAAUUUCAUGAGAAAAAAAGGCGUUCUCAUAAAUUCUGAUAUUUCAAGUACUUAUUUUGUUAAAACUUGUAAAAAGUUUAGACGCUUCCUACUUACUAUUCUUCUCUAAUAAAUGUGAAGCUUUAUCAUUUUUUACUCUUUUCAAAUCUUUUUCUCGACCCCAAAUUAGAACCAAUAUUUCAAAUGGGCGUUCAAUUUUGAAACAAAUGGUUCUCAUUUCCGUUUGGGCUCACAAGAAAAACGAUCCGAUGAGUAGGAGAUACGCUCCUGCAAAAAGCCUUGUUUUUGAACAUGUAAAAUUUUGGCUGAUUUUUCAGGAAUGAGAAUUUCUAUUUUUUUUUUCUAUUGGCUUUCAGGCGGUUUUUUCAAUCACAUUGAGCACUAAGAAUUUUUUUCCUCAAGAAAAAAAUAUCACGAUUUUUCUCAAUUCAUUCCGCUUGGAAACUAUUCCAGUAUAAAAAAAAUGCGAGACUUUUUUGAUCGAAAGUUGCUUCGAAAUUGAAAAUUUCCUGAUUCCAGGCUGUUUUUAAGUUGCUAAUAAUGCGUAUAUUUUUCAAAACAAGGCUAAGUUGACAGCUCUUGACGAAGAAUUCUCAGCAAACUUAUUUCAAUCUGCCUUUUUUCUCAAAACUUCUCAAAUUUGAAUCCUUCCUACUCUUGAGAUGAAAAAAAAUUUCACCUGAAAAUUAGACGAUGGAUGAAUCAUCGCUAAAAGCCGACUUUUUAAUAAUGAGCGACAAAAGCCUGGUCAAUGCCCAUUGUUGCGUCGAGACAUCACGGCCGAGCACGACGCGCAUUUAAAUAAAGAGAAGAAAACCAGUGGGGUUGUAACGUUGCCGUGAUUCAGAAUCUUCAGUACCAUCCUCUGAGUUCUCCAUUCACAUCGCGGUUUGGAGGCGUCAAGGGUUACUGUGGCCCUCCAUGAUAGUUUUGAUGAAUUUCUCAUCAGCUUUGGUGGUUUUUCUUGGCUCUAACUAAAGUUUUUAAUAUUUUCGAAAAACUGCGUCUUAAUAUUUCAUUUUAAGGGCAAUCAUCUCAAAACAACUUCUAAAGCUUAUGCAUUUUCAACGAACUUCGAGCGCACAUAAUUUUUUUAAAAAAACCAAGGCUCUAAGAAUAUUUUGGAAGCUUAUUCUUAGAAAAAAAUUUUUUUCGAUAAAUUUUUAAAGUCUGAUGCGCAAGUUCAAGAAGUUUUUUUGGUUUCUAAUAUAAUUUAUUUUUUUAAUUUAGUUAGAAUUAUCAGGUUAUAAAUUUUCUUUCUUCAAAAAAAUACUGCUUCUGUUUCCAAAAAGAAAGAAAGUUUGAACUACAGAGUUUGCGAUUGUUUUUUUGAUAAAGCGCUCCAUAAAAAAACAUGUUUCAGUUUCGCCUCCCAGUGAGCUGUUUGUAUUUUUUUCCUGGAUUAUAUAUUUUCAACCAACAGCUUUUACUUAGAUUGUCUCUAUGGCGGAAACACCUUGAGCCUACUUAUCUUCUAGAUUUAAGAAUUGUUUUUCAACAAAUAAGAGACAAUCCGCCUCUGAGAAAGCAAGUGCAAUCUCAAUCUGAAAGUCUAACUUUCUAUCUGCCACGCACUAUAAAGUGCUCUUCCUAAUAAGAAAAACUGAGACCAAACGUUGACACUUAAAAUUAUCGGAUUAAGUGAGAUAAAAGUCCCUUUCUAUCAGUUUUACCCCUUAUACGUGCACAGUCUCAGUUUUUUCAACCCAGUUAUCAAAUUAUCAAUCAAGCGAAAAGUUGAUAAAUAGUGGCUUGGUUUCGUUAGUAUAUGGUUUUGAGGCAUUGGCCUCUGGCGAACGCGCUUUCCUGAUGCACAAUGACGCGACAGAAGAAGCUCGGCACUCUUCGAUUUUCACUCUCUUUCCCUCUUAUCAAACCUUUUUUGCUUGUUGUCUAAGAAGCUCCAUGUGACUGUGUGCGUGUCGAUUCGUAGACGCCUUGAUAUGGGCAAAGAAACUGAUUAGACGGCUCCCCAUUGCCAUCAGCUUUCGCUUGGCGUCCACCCCACCAGCAACUCUCUCCAACCUCCGACAUGGCCACUAUCCACUGUAGGUUUUAGUGAAGUGACUUUGGCUAUGGUUCAAGAGUUGGCGACGUUGAGAAGAGCGUACUGAUUCGUUUCGUAAGACUCCGCAAACGUUUGAAGUUUUCCAAGCAAUGUGUUGAUCAAGGUGUUGAACUUUUGUGAAAAAGUCUUUCUUUCCCUCCAUAGCUUUGUCCUUCAGUAUUUCGGUUCGAUAAAAAAAAAUCCUGGCUGCGGAAAGAAAAAAGUUCUUUUUGGUUAUUUACAGAAAAACAUCCAUGGUUAUGCUGGAUAACUCAAAGAAAAAUUAUUUCGAGUCAAAAAAAGAAACUUUUUACAUACAUUUCAUUAUUAUCCAUGAAACUAUAAUGAGUCUAGUGACAGCCUAGAACUCGAUAGUUUCAAUCUGAAAUCAAGUGGUUUCAUGAUUCUAAAAGCAUAACUAAAAAAUAAAUUCCGAGCUCCGAGUUUCGAAAUUUUUCAUUAAAAAUUAUCUUUAAAAACGUCGUAACAUCAAAUUUUAACGACUUUAAUGCUCGCAACUCUCCUUGUUCAUCCAAAAUCAUUCCCUUUUUUGAUUUCUCAAAUUUCAGACGAAGUCAACGUGUUUCAUGGUAACUCGCUGAACUUCUAUAACCAGGACGACUUCAACGAAUGUAAAAUUUUUGGAUAAAAUGGGAAAAAAAUAUAAAUUAUAUUGAAGAUUCGAUGAACAACAGCGUCGACUGCAAUAAAUCUGUACGUUGGGACUCCCUGAGCCCCGAACCGAACGUCGGCUUUUCCGCCGAUUUUGGACGUGUGAAGGCCGAGUCUCCCUUCGAUGAUGGCUACUAUCACCAGCAACAGGUUAUAAUAAAGAAAUCGCCUAAAAUGCUGUCCCAAAACUCUCAGAGGCCGUCGAAGAACCUUUUCCAACUGGAAAAAUAAGUGAAUCAGGAUAACUUGCAUGUAAACAAAUUACAAUAAUUGCUAAAAAAUGAUUAUUUUGGGUCUUCCAGUUGUUAUCAGUUCGUUUUACAACUUCAUUUUUGACAUUUAUAAACUUCCAAUCAAACCGAGUUUGGAAGCUUAUUGACUCGUAGGAAAAAUUGGCAUGAUUUUUGUUAUCUUAAACCCGAUCGCGCCCAUUUCCUUAUCAGGCCUCGAUUUGCGUCAUUGGGUCGAGGUGACAAGUUUAAUCACUCGGCGCAACCAACAGCCUUUUGAAAAAAAAAAAGAUAAAACGGGUGAUGGGAAAAGUGCAGCAUAAACAGUUUUUAAUAAGGGAAAAACUUGAAGAAAUCAACUUAUGAACUUUCAGAGUUCUUAUGAACCAAAGACAAUGCUGGUCCCCACGGCUUCCACGGAAACGGCUCACGCUUCUCUUCAAAGCGCUUUCAACCGAAGACCUUCUAAGGUAUUGCUCAAAAGAGGGAAAAGAAACUCUGAUUUUGAAUAUUUCCAGAUCUCCUUCGAGUCAGGGAGCAGCGUCAAGUCUGAAAUUUUGGAAGGUAAUCAUUUUCCCAUUCAAUAUUCCAACUCUACUGAGAAAAGAACUCUUUAUCAAUUUUAUCUUUGAGAUGUGAAAUCAUCAUAAACAUUAGGAUAACUCUUUUGGAGACAAACGACUCUAAACAUUUUGAAAAUCGCAGUUCUUGAGAGCGAAAACCAGAAACCGAAAGAGCGCUUUUUUGUCAGCUUAUGCCGUCGCAUCGGUUCGCUUGAAUUGACAGGUCGUGAUAAGAGUUGCGAAGAUCACUUUCAAAACUUUUAUCUUUUAGUUUUAAUGACUGCUCACCGAAAACAAUGAACAAAGGAAAGACAUAAAGGCAAACCGUGGAAAAAACUCAAAAUUUUUUAUCUCACUACCAGAAUUCGAGAAAUUAAAGAAUUCGGAAAAAUGAUUAAGAGCUCGCUCAAAAAACGCACGAAGAUGCGAUUCAACUACAUACUCGUUCAAAUAAUUUUUAAUUUUUUGCUUCGGAAAAUUUUUUCUUCAACCACUGAAAAUUUUUCAAAAUUGAAGAUUAGAAAAUUAUCAAAAACCAGAACGGUCGGGUCAUCAGACGCCAAUCGACGUUUAGCCAAACUAAAAGGGAAAGUUGUUGUUGUUGAAAAGGCGAAAGCAGUGGGUUUUUGACCAGAUAUGCUUGUUGGCGUAUAUCCGGGUUCGAGAGUCGGAAAACUGGCUGUACGGGCCGUUAGUCACCGCGGCCGCGUUUCCAGUCCUUCUGAAUAGCUUGCGCAUUCUAUUAUGACAUGCCGUGUUUGGCCAAGUUUGCGCGCAAAAAAGUGACGUGUUCGGAUUUUGAAGGAAUAUUUUGAGAAGGCAUGUAUUCUUUUCGCAAAUGCGCGUUUUCAGAAAAUUCAGGUUAUUGAAUAACUGAAGAAAUAUAAAAGUCCAAAGCCAAUAGGCUUUAAAUCUUGAUAUGCCCUCAUAACACAGAAAAUUUCCCCAUUUGAGGUAAACGUACAGCCAAUCUCUUCUAACUUUACCUUCAAGCUCUAAAGAAUUUCUUCAGAACAAAAAGAUUUUUUAAAAUAUGCUUCAAGGUUGUCUGCAAAUUUGAAGUUAACUUUUAAAAAAAUUUCAAAGUUUCCCUGAUUUCAGAAAACCUGAACAAUUUCAAUGCGAACUUUGCCGCGGACUCUCAAGCCAACACCGAUGGAGCUCAAAACCUGGACGCCCAACAAAUGGACAUCUACCGUGACCUCAUUUUGCGUCAUCUCAUCCAAGACAUCAUCACGACCUGCGCCAAGCUCGGCCUUCCAACCGGUAAUUCCUUAAUGGAAAAACAUCAGAAAAGCGAAACUAUCAGAUCCCUACAACUGGACGGAAGAACACGGAGCAAGAUGGAUCAAGGAAAUGUGCCAACAAUUCUCCCUGCCGACUCCACAACACAUUUUCCUUUCUGGAAGAGUCCUCCUCUCUCUGAGCCUCAAGGAAUUUGUCCAAAUGGCACCUGAGAGCGGUGACACACUUCAUGCCCAACUGCAAGUUUGGAAGACAGGUACUGAUAUACUUCACAGCCAAUAAUUGCAACUCAAAUCUUAAGCUUUCGAAUCUUGCGACCCAACAGGUCAAAGCUCUGGAAUGACAGCUGCUGACAACUCUCCACCUAAAACUUCCUGGGUAAGCCUUGAAAAGUUGAACCUUCUCAUCGAGGACAUUGCAGAUGACCAGCCAAACAAGCGAAAUUGCUGGCAGCCCGGAUCCGUCUUACUUUCCUACAGGUAGAAAAAUAUUAGAUUCAGGCAAUAAAAAUUUUUUUCAGGAAACUUCAACAGCGAAUCGCUUCCUCUGGGCUUCUUCCAGCAAGGAGUGAUGCCAUCACCAAGCAACAGCGACAUGAGCAGCAGUGGAAGCGUCCAAGACAGUGAGUAUCGUGGCUGUUAAAAAGUCAUCAUUGAACUUGUUGCAGUGAACGAAGACGAUCUUGACAUGGGGAUGAUGAACUUGCAAGGGAAUGGAAUGUUCCCUCACCAGCAGUACAUGCGAGGACAAAUGGGCGACAUGUGGUGAGCAAAACUGAACAAAACGCCAUAAAACUCUCUCUUUCCAGUCCUACUCCAGGAGAUCGAGGAGAGGAGCGCUCAUACCAACGCCAUUCUGGAAACAUCCAUCUCUGGCAUUUCAUCAGAGAGCUCCUCGACCAGCCCAAGCAGUACGGAUCAUGCGUCCGCUGGGUCGACCGCGAAGAAGGAACCUUCAAAAUCGAGUCAUCGCAUCAUCUGGCAAGAUUCUGGGGACAGCGUAAAAACCGCUCUCAGAUGAACUACGACAAACUUUCCCGCAGCUUGCGACAAUAUUAUAAGAAAGGUGGGAAGUUGGGAAGUUGUGCAAGGUCUUGAAAAAACAGACGAUUCUGACGAGAAACAAGUGCCUAACGAGAUUCCGUUGAAGGAAAUUUCAAAUUUUAGCUAAAUAAAAAGCUAAAUAAUCCAAAUUACUCAAAAAAAUUUUCAAGAGAGACAAAUUUUCGAAAGAAAAUUCUCUCACAUGAUCUCCAAAAAAGGAAUAAGUAUUAAAUAUACAAGAAUGAUCAAGGAAAGCCCAAUACAUAACCGAUGCUGUACAAUGAAAUCAAUGAAAAUAUUUCGAAUUUUCAGGAAUCAUCCAGAAGCCGGAGAAGAAACAACGCCUCGUCUACAAAUUCCUCCCUCCUUACAACCUCUAA